UCUAGCAGGUGUUUCGGUAAGAAAGAGAAAGAAAGAAAAAACCUUACAGAAAUAGUCGUUCGUUGCUAUUCACAAGAUGUCUGCACCGCCAGUGCGAUGUCACGCUCCAGUUUUGGCCACUCUUCCGGACAGUAUUCCGUGAUCCCCUCAUCGUCCAUCGAGAAAUUCCGCCGACAGUCGGGAACGUCUUCGCGGGUCUCUUCGGCUAAAAACGCCCGGAUGGACGUUUUAACGCACCUUUCCGUCAACCGAGCCUCGAUGACCAUAUGGAGACUGCAGGGUACUCGCUGUCAUUGCAUAGAGGCUAACCAUCACGGUUUCUUCCACGAAGGAUGCUGUUAUAUUGUUCUGAAGGUGUUUAAAGACAGGACUGCGUCGCUUCACUACUGGUUUGGAAGUGACUCGCAAGAGGAUGAAAGGGAGUUAAUGCAUGGCCUGGCUCACGACAUUGAUGUGGCGAUAGAUCGGGCAGAGAUCUUCACUCGUGAGUUUCAAGGCCACGAGUCACACUGCUUCAUAAAACAUUUCCCAGAAGGCAUUGUCUAUAUCGAGGGUCGGCCGAGAGCCAGCAUAUCUGUGUGCAGGGAGUACUUGAAGAGGAUGUACGUAGUGUCGGGACGAAAGUACCCCAUAGCUUCAUGUGCAGAACCUUCAGCAAAAGCCUUGGACCCGACAAAGUCUGUCAUUCUGGAUGGUUUUCCCCGGAUCUACGUCUGGACGGGGGAACAGUCUAGCUACAUCAGUAGAAUUAAGGCUAUUCAAGUUGCAAAGCGGAUAAGAAAUUGCGAAAGAAACGGUAUAACGCAUAUUGUAGUCAUUGAUGCUAAUGACAGCGAACGGUGUAAGCCAUUCUUGAAAAAGCUACAAAAUGGCCGCGACACGGAGCUGCCGAACGUAUCGAUAACCGGCAAAAUGGCACCGAUAUCAAUACAGGGCACCGAGACGAGGGAAGGUGAAACAGCGAUUCUCCACAGAGUAAACGGAGAUCGAGUGCUGUAUGACAUGCCCUUUAUUGCUAAGAAACCGCUGAGGCAGAGAUUCCUUACUCAAACAGAGAGUUAUUUGCUGGGGAUUGGAGCCCAUCACCCCAUGUAUGUUUGGGUGGGACACGCAGCGUCUGUAGUGGAGGUUGGCAACAGUCUAUCAAGGGCAAAGACGUUCAGCGAAUACCUCGGCAACUCUGACCGCCAGUCUCUGUGUCGUCUGCUUGAAGGUUACGAAACUAUGGAGUUCAAGUCGGCUUUCUGCGACUGGCGGGAAAAGGUCGCCAGGAACCGGAAACCAUCACGCUCGUGCAGUCCAAACACUUUAGCUGUACAUUCGCGAUGUGAUCUGCAGAGUUUGGACAAAGAGUCCCAACUCGUGCCCCCGGAAUACGACAAGAUGGGAUCCACAGAGGUGUGGAAAGUGAAAAACUGUGGAUUGCAACCAUUGUCUUGGGACGAACAAGGUAUCUUUGUUAACAGUGAUUGUUACGUUAUAACUCAAACGUGCCGGAGUUCUGGUGACGUCAGGAACACGAUAUUCUACUGGCAGGGCAGUAAGAGUGAACGCCAGGACCAAGACACGGCGUACAACCUCGCCCUCAGCAUGGACUACGCCUUCGACUACAAAUCUGUCAUAAUACGUGUAUUGGACGGAAAGGAACCAUUGGAGUUUAUGAAUGUUAUCCAUAACACCAUGAUAGUCUAUGACAAAGAUAUAAUGGCCCCGCCCUCUGACCUUCAACUCUACGCAGUUACAGAGUGCCAGACAGAAUGCAUGCGAGUUUUACAGGUAAAACCAAGUUCCACGUCGCUCACGUCGUCAGCCGCAUUUGUCCUUCUGUCGCCAGCCGACUGCUUUCUCUGGUAUGGAGAGAAAUCUGGUGGGAUUGAGAGAGAAUAUGCAAAACACAUGCUUGGAUAUCUCUGCCCAGAGAAGCAGUUCUCCUAUAGCAUCGUUAUGGAGGGAAAGGAGCAGGCGUCUUUCUGGGACGUUCUUGGCGGGAAACAGGACUACGCCACAACCGUGGAGAAAAACAAACUAAAGAAGCGGGCACCUCGACUACUCCACUACUCUGUGUCUGUCUCUGGAUCGUCCCUGUUUGAAGACAUUCAUGAGUUUGAACAAGAGGAUAUAAGCGAUGAAGAUAUCGUCGUCAUGGAUACAUUUGAUGAGGUUUUUGUUUGGUGUGGACGAACAAAAGACGUGGACCAACGCAAAGGUGUAGCACAAAUAGCAAAGGACUACAUUGCUUCUGAUGUGGCGGGAAGAGAUGAUAUAGACGUUCUGGUGAACUUCGUUUCACAGGGGGCGGAACCACGCUCUUUCACGAUGCAUUUCAAGGCCUGGUCCACAGAGGGAUAUGGGGGUAAGGCGGCGUAUGAUUUGGUGAGGAAGCGACUUCGACAGGAAAAUGCUAAGAUUAACGUCGAUGUGGAGCUGGUCGACAGAACGUAUGAGACCAAGCCCCAUUACCCUUACAAGGUGUUGACAAGUAAACUGGUGUCAGAAGGCAUUAAAAUCGACCACAAACAGCACCACCUCUCGAACGAGGACUUUGAGGAGGCCACCGGUCGCACGCGAGAACAGUUCUAUCUGUAUCCAGUGUGGAAGCAGGAACAAAUGCUGAGAUCAGCUCGACUAGAUCCGAAGAUCGGUCUUGUGGGAAUGUCGCAGUUUCAUUCUCUUUCAGUUAUUCCUCCUCUGCACCUAAAUGUCUUGCGAUUGUCAUGACGUCAUUUUGUUUACAGAUAACUGUCCGCAACGACACCAUUUCCCACAUUGCCUCUUCAUUUCUUGAUAUUCUGAAGACGUGUUCUCUUCUCUUUUUUUUUCUCUUUUUUUUUUAACUGCUCACCAGUUCCCUCGUUGCCUCUUGUCUUGAUUUCUUGCCUGUCAAUUUCUUGAGAUUGUGAUGACGUCAUUCUAUUGUGAGGAAACUGCUCAACAGUCCACCAUUGCCACUUGAUUUUUUGUGAUUGUGAUGACGUCAUUUAAAAAAAGAACUUUUCUGAGAAAACUGCCAUUGCCUCUUGUCUUGAUUUUUUUCUUCUUUGUGUUUUGAUUUUUGGGUUGUUGGUGGGUUUUUUGGGCGGGGGGUUGUUGUUGGGGUUUUUAAAUGAAGAAAACCUUUCACCAAUUUCGCUAUUGCCAUUAAUUGGACAGAUUGAGCUCAUCAUGGUCCACGUUAGUUGCUAAUUGUGAUAUGCGUUGUGCUUCACAUACUAGUAUUUAUUUCAUGUAAUUGGGAAAUUUUAAAAAAUACUCUGCAUUUUUCAAUAGUAGGUGCAUUUACCUUUGGGGACAUGGGUUUCAGGGACGGAUCCACGGGAUGUGUGCUGGGGGUGCGCUCCACAUCCCCUCCAAAGUACAGAGUGCUAAACAAAAAGUAAUUAAUUUAUUGGGGGUCAUUUUUUAGUGGGAAACAUGUAAUACCUUCGCCAGCUUGAUAUUUCCUUGGAGUAUUACCAUAUAAAUAAUCCAUGGUAGUGCACUUUUGAAUACUGGAGGUGCCUUUUUCACCGCUUAUCUCCCUACCCCUAGAAAAAUCCUAAAUCCGCCCCUAGUGGCCGUGUGAAUCUGUUCCUGCACCACAUUUAAGGACAGAUAUCAGCCUAAAGACAGUUGGGAUCAUGCAGCAAAAAAACCCUGAAGUAAAUGUUCUCAAUUUUGGAGUGAAAAUAAAUCAAGAUAAUUUCCUCCGAAAUGAUAUACCAGUAUGUCGUUAGUGCCAACGAGAACCCGUUCUGUGAACAAUUCUAAGUUGAGCAAUUUAACGUGGCAAAUAAGGUUUGCAUAUUCGGAUUUUAUCGUGAUGGUGUUGACGUCAAGCAUUUUGUUUUUAUGACUCCAUGGAGAUUUGUGAUGACGUUAUUCCAUCAGUGUUCUUCCAUUUAUUGUAAUUACUGUGAUACUAAUUCUGUUUGUGAAUGUUCAUGAUUUAUUUUUCAAUAACUCUAAAUCCAUAACAACGCCAUUAUCGUUAUUUUUCAGAUUAUUGCGUUAGGUUAUAUUAUGUAACACCCAAUAGCCGAUGUGUAUGUUUGUGCUGAAGUGUCGUUAAACAUUCAUUAAUUAAUUGAUAUAUUAUGCAAUGACGUCAUUUAAAAAUAUAUAUAUAUAUAUAUAUUUUUUUUUUUUUUUUUUUUUUUUUUUUUUUGUCAUCACUAUAAGCUAAUAUGAGAGGGUCGGUGAUGAAGUAUGGUACUGAUGAGUUUUCUGGACAAAGAUUGGUUUUAUUUUUUUAUUUGGGUGGGGUGGGGGUAUAUCAUUUCAAUACGUUCUAUUAUAUGUGGGUUUUGGUAUGGCAUCAGGAGAGUUAAGUGCUUGGUAUUGUCUGCAAUUAAAUUCUACCAUAUACGAGAGCUAUCACCUGAGCAAAAUGUUACUUGAGACUUUUUGUCCAGCUGAUAACACUCGUGUGUUGGCGAGUUUUUCACUUUUCACCUUGCGCGAUCGAGAGGAUGAUAUAUAUAUAUAUAUAUAUAUAUAUAUAUAUAUAUAUAUAUAUAUAUAUAUAUAUAUAUAUAUAUAUAUAUAUAUAUAUCGCUUCGCUAUGAGCUAACAGCUGAGCAAAACGUUCAUCUGAUACCUCUCGUGUGCGGUUGGCUUAACACUGUGACGAGUGAGCAGUUGUAAGUUAGUGUAACAGGUGGAGUUUGGUUGCAAAUAGCAGGUGCUUAGGCUGAAGCAAAUGGUCCGCUUUCAGUAUUAAAAUAUACAGGUUUAUAAAUAUGGAGUUUCGGGUGGUGCAAAAACAAAAUAGAAAAAGGUCCACUUGGUUCAUAUUCGAACCCUCCCAGGUCCAGAUCACGCUACGCCCCUGAAUAGUGUUUGUGGUGAACUCGGGUUAGUCUAUAAAAUUUCAGUGAGGAAUCUCCCCCCCCCCUCCCCCCCCCCCCCCCCAGUAAAGUGCUUAUUGUCAGCGGUAUAUCUUGGGCCUAGAAUGAAUAUAUAUAUAUAUAUAUAUAUAAAUGCUUCUUGUAAAUGAUUUAGUGUGGUGCUAAUCUUAUAUAUGUUUGGGUUUCCUCCAGUUUCGUAACAUCGUCUUGGUUUUCGUUUAACAUGGCUGGUCUAUCUUCUAACUAUGGAUUAAAAAAUAUGAUGAUGCUAGUGAUGAUGAUGAUGAUGGUGAUGAUGAUGAUGCGUUCUUUAACUGUUUGUUCGUUAGGCAAUAAUCUGUGAAUUACUGUAUUACAUAACUAUAUAAUGAAUAAAUGAUAUCUAAGUUG